ACUCCUCCCUCUAACCCACCUCGCCCUUUCACUCGAUGCUUGACCACCAGCUUUGAUUCGUCCUUUCGCUCCCUCCCCUCCCUUUCCUUCUCUUCUUCACCAUGUCCACAGAGCCAUCUGUUUUGUCGGCUGCAGGUGAACACGAGUCGCGCUCCAUUGAAUAUCCCGCCCGCGAAACUCGUACCCGACGGUCGCGUCGCAGGAAGGAAGACGACCCCGACCUCGAACGAAACCAACCCGUCCGAACCCCCAAAACUAGAGAGAAAGAAAAGGACAAGGAGAAAGAAGUAAAGGAAAAGGAAAAAGAGAAGGAGAAGGAGGAGAAGCUGGAGCCCAAACGGGGCAGCCGUCGCCAACGAGAGAAGUCGUCGUCGACAUCUACUAACCCGCCCAAUUCGGCCGCGUCUCACUCUCGCAAGAGGCCCAAGUUGGAGGCUGCCACCCCCGAUCAAAGCCCCAGUGUUGCGGCGCCUCCUGCUCAUUCACCGAAUCCCGCGCCUGCUGCUGUUCCAGAACGGCCUGCGACCAGUCCUCCUACCACUGCAGUCUCAGCUGCAUCUGCAGCUCCGGCCCCAGCCCCGGCUCCAGCUCCAGCUCCAGCUCUAGCCCCAGCCUCGACGCCUACUCCGAGCACUCCCAUAACGAGCCCGCGGAAACAAACACUAGAUUCUGAAGCGAUGUCUCAUGGGACAUCGCGUCUCCUGAACCCCCCGUCUUUGCCACCGUCGGCCCAUCCAACACCGCCAUCCGUGGCCCCUACAACCCUCGUCUCACCUUAUCCGGGCCUGAUGCCCUCCGCUCCUCCUCCGCGGCCACACUCCCAGCCGCCCGCUCCUCCGCCGCAAAGAACAAGCGGUCAAAAUUUCGAUCCCAUACGGUCGGCCUUUGAUACAUCGUCUCCGGCCCCGGCUCCAGCACCGACUCCGGCGUUGGCUGCUGCGGCGCCGCCUCCGGGGCGCCCCUCCUUUAGUCCCCCGGCCCGCCCUAUCUCACCUCGUCCGACAUAUCGCGCCAGUGCCUCUCCGGCCAUUGCUAGUAUCAUUGAUCCGCCUGCUGCCUCGUCGCCGCCCGUCUAUGCCCCUCGACCCUAUGGCUCUCCAAUUCACGGUGCGUCGAGCUACUCUCCAUCGCCCGCGGGCGCAUCUAUCGCACCCACUCCGCCACAACCUCAACCGCACCCGCAGCCUCAAUCUCAACCUCCACGACCAGUCUCACCGUAUGCCCAUCGAUCUCCCUAUGCCACACCCGUGCAAGCACCGCCGCCACCCCAGGAAUCACGGAUGUCGGCACCAGAACCAAAGCCCCCGUCUGUCCCUCCCCCAUCGGCCUCGGAACCUCAUACCCCAGCACCGUCUAAUAACCGACCGCCCUCGCCAGGUCCCACGCCUAUGGAUGUGGAGCCCGAGGCACCUGCUUCGUCGACAGCCUCUAAGGUGACCAAGAAGGAAGCCAAAACCCCCUCAACAGUACCUGCUUCGAAGGCGCCCUCACCCAAACCGGCCAAGGCAGCCAAGGAAACACCUACGCUACCUCAAGGCUCGGGACUGAUCUCCAAUGCCCUUUUCGGAGUGGAUGGUGGCUCGUCCACAGGCGACUCGAGUAACCGCCAGGUACCGAGUAUCAUCCUGCACGUUCCUAUCCAAGGUCAUGGGAAUCAAAUCAUCAACUUUGCACGUUUAGCGGAGGAGCAAUAUGGGUUCGCGGCCCUACAUCCUCGCCUCGCUGCGCACAAGGAACGACUGGCACGGGUAGCUGCAGCCGGAGCGGCCUUGGAGCGCAACGACAAGGCGAGUGGACGUGGUUUGUCCGCAGGAGAGAGUGCGGAUGAGGAUCUGAGCAUGGAGGUCGACCGGGACAGCGAGAUGGAUGGGGAAGGUGCAACAUCCGCGCCCGCUCGCUCGAAUGGGGCCGAACCGGCAGAUGGGAAGAAGAAGCGCCGUAAGAAGAAGAUGGAGGAGUAUGAUCGAGACGACCCAUUCGUGGAUGAUAGUGAGUUGGCCUGGCAGGAACAGGCGGCCGCCAGUAAGGAUGGGUUCUUUGUUUACAGUGGGCCGCUGGUGCCGGAGGGCGAAAAGGUCCAAGUGGAACGGGCCGACGGUACGAUUAAGCGUGGUCGCGGCCGUGGACGUGGUGGUCGGGGCCGGGGGCCUGUAACAUCCCACCAGGUGCCUUUGGCCGCUGCGGUCCCGAUCUCCCAGGAAACCGGUCUUCCCCUUCGGGGCCCAGGCUCACGAGGCGGCAGUACCACUCGUCGCCCGCGCAUCAGCAAAGCUGCUCGUCAGCAGGCAGAGCAGGAAAGAGCCAAUGCCGCCUCGGGGACUCCCCACGGACGCGGCGGAGGUGCUACCGGUCGUGGCGGUUCGACCAGCACUCGAGGAGGCAAGCACCCUAUGGUCGAGUUGGCGCCGCGUCCAAAUAUUGCCCCUGCUCCUCCGGGUCCCAGUCCAGUGGGUGGAUCGGAGCUUGCGAUGAAGUAGGGCGAUCCCUCUCUCAUCUUCUUUUCUCUCCUCAGUCUCGCCAUGAGUGUCCUGUGCUGGGAAUCAGGCAUGUCUGUUCCUGUUUGACGGACUGCUCAGUGUGUGCGUGCUUUU